AUGCCUCAGCCAUCCGAGUUCUUCCCGCCCAUCGGCUCGGUCGUCGAGAAGACGCGCGACGAGGGCAGGCCCGACGACGACGACGUCCGGCCCGUCGACGAGAUCGAGUCGCUCUGCAUGAACUGCGAGCAGCAGGGCAUCACCCGCAUGCUGCUCACCUCGAUCCCGUACUUCCGCGAGGUCAUCGUCAUGUCCUUCCACUGCGACCACUGCGGCUUCCACAACAACGAGAUCCAGUCCGCCGGCACCAUCCGCCCCGAGGGCACCGUCUACACCGCCCGCAUCCUCACCAAGGCCGACCUCGACCGCCAGCUCGUCAAGGCCCAGUCCUGCUCCGUCAUCAUCCCCGAGUUCGAGCUCACCAUCCCCCCCGCCCGCGGCCAGCUCACCACCGUCGAGGGCCUCCUGCGCGACAUCGUCGCCGACCUCUCCUUCCACCAGCCCCUCCGCCGCGCCCAGGACGAGGCCGCCUGGCGCAAGAUCCAGGACAUCAUCGACGCCCUCUCCGAGAUCCUCGGCGACAACCCUGAGGAGGAGCCCGAGGGCGCCCAGCACACCAAGAGCAGCGCCGCCGCCGCCCCCGACGACGACGACGAGAAGCUGCCCCGCUCCAUCACCGUCAAGCUCGACGACCCCGCCGGCAACUCCUUCAUCGAGUUCCUCGGCAGCAUGGCCGACCCCCGCUGGAACCUCCGCACCUACCACCGCACAAAGCAGCAAAACAUCGACCUCGGGCUCAUCGCGCCCGACGACGGCGAGGAGCCCGCCGAGGGCGCGCGCGUGCUCGAGCCGUUCAAGCCCGACGGCCCAGAGGACGCCCCCGCGGACGCGAACGAGGAGAUCUACGUCUUCCCCGGCACCUGCUCCAGCUGCGGCCACCACAUCAACACCAUGAUGAAAAAGGUCAACAUCCCGUACUUCAAGGAGAUCCUCAUCAUGUCGACCAACUGCGACAAGUGCGGGUACCGCGACAACGAGGUCAAGGCCGGCUCCGCCAUCUCCGAAAAGGGCAAGAAGAUCACCCUCAAGGUCGAGGACAAGGAGGAUCUCAGCCGGGAUAUCCUCAAGAGCGAGACGUGCGGCCUCACCAUCCCCGAGAUCGACCUCGUCCUGCAGGCCGGCACGCUCGGCGGCCGCUUCACGACCCUCGAGGGCAUCCUCGACCAGGUCUACGAAGAGCUCUCCGAGAAGGUCUUUGACACGGGCGAGGCGACCGUGCACGACGCGGACGACAAAAAGACCUUUGAGACCUUCCUCAAGAACCUCAAGGCCAUCAAGGCCGUCGAGCGCCCCUUCACCCUUAUCCUCGACGAUCCCCUCGCCAACUCGUACCUCCAGAACCUCUACGCGCCCGACCCGGACCCCAAUAUGACCGUCGAGACGUACGACCGCACGUGGGAGCAGAACGAGGAGCUCGGCCUGAACGAUAUGAAGGUCGAAGGGUACGAGAAUGACCCGGCUAACGAGGCGACGAAGGAACAAGCGACUCCGGCCAGUGACGCGCCCAAGGAGCAAGAGAAGACGGAAACUCCAGCUUCCAGUUGA